CCUGGGCGCUGACGUCACUGCCAGGCGCCCGGCGGCACGUUGGCCGAGGCUACGGCGGGCUUUCUGCGAGGAAAAUGGCUAUGGCCAGCGAUUUCUACCUGCGCUACUAUGUAGGGCACAAGGGCAAGUUCGGACACGAGUUUCUGGAGUUCGAGUUCCGGCCGGACGGAAAGCUUAGAUAUGCCAACAAUAGCAAUUACAAAAAUGAUGUCAUGAUCAGAAAAGAGGCUUAUGUACACAAGAGUGUAAUGGAAGAACUGAAGAGAAUUAUUGAUGACAGCGAAAUUACAAAAGAAGAUGAUGCUUUGUGGCCUCCCCCUGACAGGGUUGGCCGACAGGAGCUUGAAAUUGUAAUUGGAGAUGAGCACAUUUCUUUUACUACAUCAAAAAUAGGUUCUCUUAUUGAUGUAAAUCAGUCAAAGGAUCCUGAAGGUCUUCGAGUAUUUUACUAUUUGGUACAGGACCUGAAAUGUUUAGUUUUUAGUCUUAUUGGAUUACAUUUCAAGAUUAAACCUAUCUGAAUUAUGCUUUUUGUAGCUAUUUUUAUAUUUAAUUAAGGGAUGAGUAAGGGAGUGUUUAUUUGUCAUUUAUAAUAUUGGGAUUUCUAUGAAUGUGAAGCAAACAGAUUUUUUUUUAAUGCAAACUGAAAAUAAGAAAAUACGUAAACAGGCUUAAUGCUUAUUUUUACUGGUGUCCAAGAGGGUUGGACAGCCCCCACACGCAUUGAAUUCUGUAAAUAAAAGCCACUUUUGCUGAAAUUUUGUUUCAAUAAAACUUACCAAACCUG